AUGAAGGGAGUUACACGGUUCGGAAAGAAAGAAAAAUUGAGUCUUAGGUAUGUAGGACUGUUUGAAGUUAUGGAAAGAGUUGGUGCAAUUGCAUAUCGUUUGGAUCUACCAGCUAAGAUGCAAGAAGUGCAUAAUGUCUUUCAUGUAUCGUAUUCAAAGAAGAUUUUUGGUGAAAGACAACCUAUAGUGAUGGAAGCCGGUAGCAUUCGACUUCAAGCGAAUUUGUCUUAUGAAAAAUGGCCUGUACAUAUCGUGGAUAGCAAAGAACAAGAACGAAGAAACCGAAAGGUGUCGUUAGUGAAGGUUCUUUGGAAUAACCCAGCUUUUCAAGAAGAGACGUGGGAAAGAGAAGAUUCGAUGAGGACUAAGUAUCCUUAUUUGUUUGUAAUUUAG